AUGGGGUUCACGUCGAUGCUCACUCUGCUCUUGACCCAUCCUUUGGAGUUCAAGACUUUGGUUCAAUUUUACUUAUACCAUGAACAAAAACGAGAUAUCACGUCCAUGCAAGAGUACCCGACGUCUGGAUGGGAUAGGAAGUCGAUGAGGCGUUGCUGGGAAUUUUUGGAUAAGACGAGUCGAAGUUUUUCUGCUGUGGUCAAGGAGUUGGAAGGUGACCUGGCCAGAAUUGUAUGCUUAUUCUACCUUGUGCUACGGGCACUAGAUACCAUUGAGGACGACAUGACGAUACCCGACGAAGUCAAGCAACCAAUAUUACGCUCAUUUCACGCAAAGACUGUUACGACUGGAUGGAAAUUCGACGGAAACGGGCCGGACGAGAAAGACCGUCAGCUCCUUGUCGAGUACGACACGGUGAUUGAGGAGGUCAACCGUCUGCCAACAGAAUAUAGAGCUGUUAUUCUUUCUAUCACGGAAAAGAUGGCUACUGGAAUGGCAGACUACGCCCACAAAGCAGCGACGACCGGUUCAAUCUACCUGGAGACGAUCGAAGAAUACGAUCUCUAUUGCCACUACGUCGCCGGUCUCGUAGGCGAAGGUCUUUCUGGUCUCUUCUCAGCGUCGAAGAAGGAAGCACCAUGGUUGAAGGACCAGCUUGAGCUGUCGAACUCGACUGGACUGCUCUUGCAAAAGACAAAUAUCAUUCGUGACUACCGCGAAGACGUUGAGCAGCAACGGUAUUUCUGGCCGAGGGAAAUAUGGGGGAAGAAGGAAUAUGGGUUCAAGGAGAUGAAAGAGAUGUACGUGUGGGAUGGACCUGAUGGGCAGAGCGUGAAGAAUCGGGCGAUGUGGGCGCAGAGCGGCAUGGUUGUUGAUGCCCUUCGACACGCUAUUGAUUCCCUUGACUAUCUACGGGUUCUCAAGAGUCAAAGCAUCUUCAACUUCUGCGCUAUACCCCAAACAAUGGCGAUGGCGACUCUGGAGCUCUGUUUCAUGAACCCAGCCAUGUUCCAACGAAACAUCAAGAUUCGCAAAGCUGAAGCUGCGUCUCUCAUCAUGCGCUCUACGAACCCAAGAGAAGUUGCGUACCUCUUCCGCGACUACGCACGUAGAAUCCACGCGAAAGCCGUGCCUGAAGACCCGAACUUCCUUCGCAUUUCUAUCGCCUGUGGAAAGAUCGAGCAGUGGUGUGAACACCACUACCCAUCCUUCGUCAGCAUCGUCCAAUCCACCGCGGGCUCCGGUCCAUCCCCUGUCUUCAACGAAAGCGAUGCCCGCACACGCAUUGUCCACCUCACAGACGCGCAGGACCAAGCGCUCUCGAGGAAGAAACGCGAAGAGGAUAUCCGCAAUGGGCUCAAACCCGAUGCAGUUGCGCGCCACGCUGAACAGGGUAGCCCAUGGGAGUUGUAUUUACGGAACAGCUUUGGCUAG